UGCUCUUUGAAGUUGAGGUUGAAGAAAGCAUGUUGGGGGGGGCAUGGCGUGGAGUUGAGCACCAAUCAAGUGCCAGGGACCCCUCCGCAGCGGAUCCCGUCGGAGGGCUGUGAGGGACUCCGGCCGGAGUAUUGAGCUUGUUAGUCAAGCCAACGCCAAAGGGCUCCCAUGCAGACGUGACAUUCGAUAGCCGAGACUGGAGGUCGUGUUGCCUCAUCGCUAAAAUGGGAGGGAGAGUUUGUGUGUGUGUGUGGAGGGUGGGCGAGGGGGGACUGAGAUUGGAUUUCCUCAGAACAGCAUUCCCGAAAAAUUUCGAGACUGGACAGACAUGAGGCAAGACGGGCCAACAAGAUUGUUGAUGUUCCCUGAGCACACGAGCGGAGCUGGAGUCGGUGCGCAACCUGCUCCGCGUUCAGCAGACUGACAGCGGGGGGGGUCUCCGUCCGGGACAGAUCGACCAACGGCGACUUGAAGGACACCAUGACGGUGCCACCGACAGAGAGCCCCCUCAGCGACGGGAGAGCAACAAUGAGAUAGUUGCAGUUGGGUUUCGGCAAUUUAGUCCGGCUGUUCAGCAGGUCCUCAGGAGAGAGGCGCAGCCCUACCCCGGGGACACCGAAGGCGAUGGACAGCAGCGACCCACGGGAUGAGGAAAAAGGAGCGCAGAAGCACAAAGAGACCACAAAGCAGCUGAACAUCGUGGAAAGAGGUGCGGCGGAGAUGAAAAAAACAGAGGGAGAGAAGAGGACGCGGCGGGGCUGGGCACUGAGCGAGAGACUGGCCAUCAACGUCUCGGGGAUGCGCUACGAAACCCAACUUCGCACCUUAGCCCAGUUCCCGGACUCCCUGCUGGGCGACCCCCAGAGAAGGUCGCCCUACUUUGACCCCAUGCGAAACGAGCUCUUCUUGGACCGCAACCGGGCCUGCUUUGACGCCAUCCUCUACUUUUACCAGUCAGGCGGCAGACUUCGGAGGCCCGCGAACAUCCCCCUGGACAUCUUCAUGGACGAGCUCUGCUUCUACGAGCUGGGAGAGGACGUCGUGAACCGCUUCAAGGAUGACGAAGGCUUUUCCAAAGAGGAAGAGAGGCCCUUGCCCUCCAACCAAAUGCAGAAAAGACUGUGGAUGCUCUUUGAACACCCGGAGUCCUCGUCCGCCGCUCGCAUCAUCGCCAUCGUCAGCGUCAUGGUGAUUGUGGUGUCCAUCCUCAUCUUCUGCCUGGAGACGCUGCCGGACUUCCGCGUUGAGAAAGAGACGACACAGGUACGCAAUGACUACUUUCCCAAGCACCAUGCCCAAGGAAAGAACAUGUCGGGCACCGUGGCUCCGCCGCCCCACGUUUUCCACGACCCCUUCUUCGUGGUGGAAACCGUGUGUAUCUUCUGGUUCUCUUUUGAGCUCAUCAUGCGCUUUGGUUGCUGUCCCAGCAAGAUGGGCUUCUUCAAAGACGUCAUGAAUAUCAUCGACUUCAGCGCCAUUUUGCCCUAUUUCGUCACUCUGGGAACGGAGCUGGCCAAGAAAAACGAAACCAGCCCGGCCACCUCCUUGGCCAUCAUCCGAGUCAUCCGGCUCGUCAGGGUGUUCAGGAUCUUCAAGCUGUCUCGUCACUCCAAAGGUCUCCAGAUCCUGGGUCAAACGCUGAGGGCGAGCAUGCGUGAGCUCGGCCUCCUCAUUUUUUUCCUUUUCAUCGGCGUCAUCCUUUUCUCCAGCGCCAUCUACUUCGCCGAGGCCGACCACAGCGACACGGCCUUCGUCAGCAUACCGCAUGCUUUCUGGUGGGCCGUGGUCACCAUGACCACGGUGGGCUACGGAGACAUGCACCCGGAGACGGUGUGGGGUAAACUGGUGGGCUCCAUGUGCGCCAUCGCCGGCGUGCUCACCAUUUCGCUACCGGUGCCCGUCAUCGUGUCCAACUUCAGCUACUUCUACCGCCGGGAGACGGAAUGUGAGGAUCGAUCCCAUUACAAGCAUGUCGCAAGCUUGCCUUGGGAGGACGAGGACCCGGGGGGGGAAGAGGCGCAAGAGGGGAGCCUGGAUGCCGAGGGGGAUUAUUAUGCCGUCGGAGGCGCCUAUAAUAAUCUCAACGGGACUCUUCUGGGUGACAAGGGGCGGAGUGCUGAAUUUGAAGGAAAUACACAUCCAAGGGAACCACUGGUCACCCAGGUGUGAAAAGGAGGUUCUUCCAGACCCCCCAACCCUCCAAAAAAAAGAUAAAAUGGGGAAAAGAAAGUGAGUCAAAAAAUGUUGACUGGAUCAUUUGGUAAAAGGUCUUACAGAACUUGUAGAAUUUGUAUAUU